AUGGGUUCGCGUCUCGAGAGCAAUUCCGACGCUGUCCGCAAGCGCAUAGAGAACCACACCUUCGACAACGAAGAAGGCGAGGAAUAUGAGGCCUCUAGCUUUGGCGGAUUUGCCGAAUACUUCCGGCGUAAGAAGGUGAAACUGCAGAACCUCGAUGCCGAGCUGCGGUCACAGUCCACCGACAAGCCUCCCAUCUUUCGCGGUGUGGUGGCGCACGUCAACGGCUAUACACAACCCUCGUUAAACGACCUCCACAAGCUCAUAGUCACCCACGGAGGCGGCUUCAUGCAGUACCUAGACGGCAAGACCACAGUCACUCACAUAAUCGCCAGCAGUCUCACCCCGAAAAAGGCCGUCGAAUUCCGCAAGUACCGCAUUGUGAAGCCAGCGUGGGUCGUCGACAGCGUCGAUGCUGGCAAGCUGCUGCCGUGGGACAACUACCGCGUUGUAGACGAAGGGGCCGGUCAGAGGGUCCUCGGAUUCGACAAGGGCAAGGUGGUAAGCCAGGCGAAUGUGAGGGCGCGAGGUUAUCGGGACCAAACCGACGCGAGCUGGUACACGAGCCAGCUCAGGACGGAAAAUGGCACACCCAAGAGUGCGCGGCCUUCGUCUUUCCUCUCCCAACUCCCUUCCACACCGGGGCUGGACGAGGAAAUCGAUGACUUGCCUCCAUCGCACCAACCAGAAGACGGCGACCCUAUCGUUCAAGACGAGGAAGCCUGGUCGCCGGAGCAAUCCAUGAUAACACCUCCCAAGAGUGGACCUGCGGAACCCGCGGAAUCGGAUCCUGACGCCCCGGGGCUCAAGAGGGCGCACAGUGACCGUGCAGGUUCGCCGUCGAAGCGACGGAAGAUGACCGCCGAAGAGCACAAUGCCAUCCUUCUCGCUGAUCCGAAUGUUCGAAAAUCCACCGUCGUCCACCCCGGGUUUCUAGAACAGUAUUACCGUGAAUCUCGACUCCAUCAUCUUUCUACAUGGAAGGCGGACUUAAAGUCGCAGCUUCAGGCCAUGGCGGCUGAAAAGUCAUCCUCGCAGAAGCAGAAGCAGAAACGGCCUCCGGGUUCGCGCCGAUACAUAUUGCACGUUGAUUUCGAUAGCUUUUUCGCUGCAGUCUCCCUCAAGAAGCACCCUGAGUACAAAGAUAAGCCUGCCGUAGUUGCUCACGGUACCGGCACCGGCUCCGAAAUUGCAAGCUGCAACUACCCUGCUCGUAGAUUUGGUAUCAAGAACGGGAUGUGGAUGAAGAAGGCUCUCGACCUCUGUCCGGAACUAAAGACUCUACCUUACGAUUUUCCCGCCUACGAGGAGGCCAGCAAAUCGUUCUACGAAGCCAUACUGGAUACGGGUGGUACCGUGCAGAGCGUAAGCAUCGACGAGGCCUUGAUAGAUGUUUCUGCCCAAUGUAUUGCCGCCGGCGGUUCAGAUGGGAAAAAGGUGAGCGAAGGGAACAUCUACCGCGAACAGACCGAAGCCGACACCAUCGGCCAACGGCUACGCGACGAGGUGAAAGAGAAAACCGGGUGCGCUGUAUCCGUUGGCAUCGGGCCGAACAUCCUGUGUGCCAAGGUGGCUUUGCGUAAAGCGAAGCCUGCGGGUCAGUAUCAGAUCAAGCCAGACGAGGUUCUGGACUUCGUCGGUAAACUCGGGGUACAGGACCUCCCGGGGGUGGCCUACAGUAUCGGCGGCAAGCUCGAGGAGAUUGGGGUCAAGUUUGUUGGCGACAUUCGAGACGUUUCGAAGGAACGACUGGUCAACGCACUGGGCCCCAAGACUGGGGAGAAGAUUUGGGAAUACGCCCGGGGGAUCGAUCGGACUGAGGUCGGGGAUGUCGUCGUUGACGAAUUCAUUGACAAUCUGUGCGGCGAGCUUCAUCGUCGUUUGAUGAAGGAGAAGGUGAAGGGAAGGCAGCUCACGAUGAAGAUCAUGAAGCGAGCAGCCGACGCGCCUCUCGAUCCCCCGAAGCAUCUCGGCCACGGCAAGUGCGAUACUUUUAACAAAAGCUUGGUGCUGGGGGUUGCCACCAAUGACAAGACCAUUCUGGCCAAGGAAGCACUUUCGAUUUUGAAAGGCUUCGGGGUUUCCCCAGGCGAAUUGCGAGGAAUCGGCGUCCAAAUGACGAAGUUGGAGCCUCUAAAAGGCCCCGGCGAUGGAAAGGAAACCAAGGCUCCUCCAGAAGAUCCCAUUCAAGACGAUAUCACAACGCCGAAGAAACAGAGGACUUCGGGAGACCUCGUCCGGUUCGGAUCCUCUCAGCUCACUUCGGACAGUCCCAGCCUCGACCCUGAGGUUCUUGCUGAGCUCCCGCAGGACAUCAGGGAUAAGCUGGCAAAACACGCUAGACCACCACCUUCUACUGGUGGAGCGAAUGUUGCGCUAGGCUCGGUCGAAGCUGGCGACCCGAAUGACCCCUUUAUUACCAGACCCAUUGCGGGCACUUCCCUUGGCGGCAAGCUGGGCGACCAGCCUGCCCAUCCCAAGUCGCCCCGCAAGAACCGAUCCCGCGGCCGCCCUCCAAAAGCCGCAUCGCUCGCUGCAGCCGCGGUAGCCAGCGGCAAUGCAACCCUCACCCAGUCCAACUUCAUCUCCACCCGUCUUGCUCGCCCGGGCCGUCCGCUAAGCCGUGACGGCAUCGACACUGACACCGACGACGCGAACGUUACCGACCCCGGGGAGACGACGUCCCCGGACCCGGACUUCCUCGCCGCCCUCCCCGAAGAUAUCCGCCGCGAAGUCGUCGAGGAGCAUCGCCGUGCCCGUCUCCGCAAGCGCGGAGGACUGGCCUUGUCCACCACCACCGCUGCUGCCGUCGCCGCCGAGGGAGGCGGCCGCGCUUCUCCAGCUACCAGUCGUCCUUCAGGGCAACGCACCAUCCAGCUGCCGCCGCGCCCGCCGCGCCCGACCUUCACGACGCGCAAGCUGUGGCAGCCGGAUCAACUGCGUGAGGCGGUGCAAGAGUGGCUUCGCGAGUUCAGGGAUGACGGCCCUUAUCGCGAGGAUGUGGAAGCGCUAGGAGCGUACUUGCGGAAGGUGGUGCUGGAGGAACGGGACCUGGACAAGGCGGGGUCGGUCGGUAAAGGAAAGGGAAAGUGGGAAGAUACUGUGGCGAAGGUAAAGGAGGUUGUGCAGGAAUGUGUUGCGGACAGAGGCUUAGGAAGAGUGGAUCUUUGA